AUGCGUAGACAAGGACAGCCGGGUGAUGUGGAGGAGGAAUCGUGCAGCGAGGAUGAUGGGAGUGUCGGUUUGGUUGAAGGGAUUGGUGAAGAGGAUGAGGAGGGACGGGAUGAUCGUGACACCGUGACAUAUGGUGGGGCGCUGAUCGAGGUGUUUGGUAGGGAUCCUGGAACUGCCGGUGAUCAGGGCGGAGCUGAACGGUUGGAACAAAAUGGUGGCAGCGGAUUGGAAGGGAUGGAAGGUCAGCAGGGGUUGAGAGGGCAGCAGGGAAGGGGAGGACAGCUGGGGUUGGGAGGGCAGCAAAGGAUGGGAGGGCAGCAAAGGAUGGGAGGGCAGCAGGGGAUGGCCAGGCAGCAUGGGAUGACAGGGCAGCAGGGGAGCAGAGGACAGGCGGGGUUGGGAGGGCAGCAGGGGAUGGGAGGGCAGCAGGGGAUGGGAGGGCAGCAGGGGAUGGGAGGGCAGCAGGGGAUGGCAAGGCAGCACGGGAUGACAGGGCAGCAGGGGAGCGGAGGACAGGCGGGGUUGGGAGCGCAGCAGGGGAUGGGAGGGCUGCAGGGGAUGGGAAGGCAGAAUGGGAUGACACUGCAGCAGGGGUGCGGAGGACAGGCGGGGUUGGGAGGGCAGCAGGGGAUGGGAGGGCUGCAGGGGAUGGGAGGGCAGCAGGGGAUGGCCAGGCAGCACGGGAUGACAGGGCAGCAGGGGAGCGGAGGACAGGCGGGGUUGGGAGGGCAGCAGGGACUGGGAGGGCUGCAUGGGAUGGUCAGGCAGCACGUGAUGACAGGGCAGCAGGGGUGCGGAGGACAGGCGGGGAUGGGAGGGCAGCAGGGACUGGGAGGGCAGCAGGGGAUGGGAGGGCUGCAGGGGAUGGGAGGGCAGCAGGAUACGAGAGGCCAACUUGGGUCCCAGGAAGCGUUACAAGGGCAAACUGGGUACGUUCAAGCCCUUAACCAACGAUGGGGACGCGUGGGAAUGCCAAUGCACGGGAAUGUUGCAGGCCUGGCGCAACGUUGGAGCCAUGUGGGCAUGCCAUUGCAACGGGAGGUUGAGGGGUCGGUGCCUAGUAUGCACAACAGGACAUCGUGCCAACAGGGGGACGAGAACAGUAAUUGCUCUUUGCAGUAG